UUUUACAUAGGGGGCUGAGGGGAGAGCCUCGGGUUUCCCAUGUUCUCCUCGGAGCUCGGAGGCAGCAUUCGUGUAACAUAAUUUAUGCAAAUUAAGCGUCCUUGUGUUUUGAUUGGCUGCGCGCGCGAGUGUUUCCCGUCUUGCAUUGGACGCUGCUGUCUUGGCCACGUCCCCAAGCCACGUCGCGCUUUGCUCGCCAUUUUCCCAUCUUCUGAAGCCACAAUCAGCCUUUUCUGGUGUCACGGUGUCAUUCAGCACUGUCGGGUCACAACUGAUUGGUGCCGGAGACGAGCUGAGGUCUUUCUAAAGCCUUAAAUUGGGUUACUUCCGCCGGCGCUCCGAAAACAUGAACGUAUUCAGGCUAACCGGCGAUCUCUCCCACCUAGCAGCCAUCAUCAUCCUGCUGUUAAAAAUAUGGAAAACCAGGUCUUGUGCCGGUAUUUCAGGGAAGAGUCAGGUCCUGUUUGCCUUAGUGUUCACCACUCGCUACCUGGACCUGCUCACCUCCUUCAUCUCUCUCUACAACACCACCAUGAAGAUCAUCUACAUUGGAUGUGCGUACGCCACCGUGUACCUGAUCUACCUUAAGUUCAAGGCAACUUACGACGGGAACCACGACACGUUCAGAGUGGAGUUCCUGGUCGUCCCUGUCGGUGGACUGGCUUUUCUGGUUAACCAUGACUUCUCUCCCCUCGAGAUUCUGUGGACGUUCUCCAUCUACUUGGAGUCGGUGGCCAUCCUGCCCCAGCUCUUCAUGAUCAGCAAGACUGGUGAGGCCGAGACCAUCACCACCCAUUACCUGUUCUUCCUGGGACUCUACAGAGCCCUCUACCUCAUCAACUGGAUAUGGAGGUUCUACUUCGAGGGUUUCUUUGACAUGAUCGCCAUCGUCGCUGGGGUGGUGCAGACCAUCCUCUACUGCGACUUCUUCUAUUUGUAUGUAACAAAAGUACUGAAAGGGAAGAAGCUGAGUCUGCCAGCCUAAGUGCCAAAGAGGAGCGUUUUGGCAGACUCACAGAGGAGGAUCGGAGGGGAGGAGGAGUUGUUGUGGACACCUGUGACAGCCUCCACCCCGCCCUCCACCACCGCUUCCUCCUCUUCCCCUCCCGCCAGUGCAAGAUGCCUGAGACAGAGAGCACGUGGGAGCCGCUGGCUUUCUGCUGAUCCAGAAUCAGUGGAAUCAGAACCCCUGCAGAGGCCAGUCCAUGGCCUUCGGAUUUCUGUUUGAUGCAUCUUGCCUUAACUUUUUUUUAUCACUCUGUAUAAAGGAAGAAAAAAAAAAAACAGAGAAAAGUUUUCUACAGAAAAAAAGCGUACUCUGAAGAUUCGACACAUUGGUGAAUAAGAGCUGAAGAUGUAAAAUUGCCUCUGAUUUGCCAUUGUAUGAUAUUGAAGCGGACUUGUUGUGGUGGGAUAUUAUUGACUCAAGCGUUUGUAAAAGUAUUUGCAACCGGAAUAAAUGUGCAUUGUUUUUCCUGAAUCAAUUUGGGGAGGAAUUUGUUGAAUCCUCAUAAAUACGGUGGUCAAAUAUUCAUGUUCUGCUCUUCUAUUUUUGACCACUUUGCAUUCCGAUGUAUAAAGACUGUCUAUUUUAGUUUCCCAAGCCCUUAGAAUAGAAGUCCAAUAUUGAUGCCAUAAUUUAUCAUUCUCUUCUCAAGAAAAGGAACUCAGAUGUGACUCUUGAGUCUAAUUGUUGUUCAGAUGUCUUAUCAGUUGACCGUAAGAGAUGCUUAUGUGGUUUCUGACUUCUUAUUGAACAGAAUGCUGGUUAGGAAACAACACAUACUGAAGCAAAGGGUUUAAAGGACGCCUAUCACUGUAAAUGGCUUUGUUUCUUUUUGUCGCCCCAUUCAUUAAUCAGCGAGGACAGAAUAUCACCUGUAAGUAAACAUCAUUGCUCACCCAUUCACGGCUCCUCUAAAUUCACAAGAAAAUGUGCUGAGUGUGAAUUAUCAUGACAGAAAUGGAAGUCUUAAGUUUUUCGUUUUAGGUGCCAAUGUAUUUGUUUUUACCCUCCUGGUUUCUGAUGGACAGAGUCGGUAGAAUUGUCCUCCUGUUGUUCAUGACAUCAGGACGAGCUCUCCCUGUCAGAGGUGAGCACGAUCCUAUGAACGCCGUCGCGCCAAAUCCUAAAGACAUAUCUGCUUCUGUUUUAGUUUUCAUGCGGCUCAUUCCAAGUUUUCCCCCUUUUUCAUUUCUUGCCAGAGCUUUUGCAUGAUGUUGCCACCACAAAUAAAGACUUUAUGGGAAA